AUGAAGGCUGCCCGCCGUCCCAUGCGGGUGCUCUCGGGCGUCCCUACCACAUACUCGUCCGCCAGAUACGUCAGCCGUACCAGCAACCCCAAGUCCUCCGCUGCUGCGUCCACCCCCACCAACACCCUGUUGCAGCAGCAGGCCGCCGUUCCCUCCAAGGAUGCGACGGGAUCUCCCCUGGCCAAGCUCCCGAUCUCCUCCGUCCUGCGGUCGCUGGUGAUCCUAUCCGUCUCUUCUUCCACCCUCCUGUUAAAGCCAUGCAUCUUCGCGCUCUCGACCCUCGCGCACCCCAAGACCCCCGUGUUGGAUGUCGCUAAGAACCCUCUGUUGAACGCGCUCGUCAAGCACACCCUCUACAAGCAGUUCAACGCCGGUGAGAACAAGCUCGAGGUGCAGCAGUCGAUCCAGACGAUCAAGCAGUUGGGUUACCGGGGUGUUCUGCUGGGUUACGCUCGCGAGGUCCUGGUGGGUGAGGGGAAUGUCGACCCGCGCGACGAGAAGGCUGCGCGGGCAGAGAUCCAGACGUGGCUGGAUGGAACCUUGCAAACUGUGGACAUGGCCCAGGAAGGCGACUUUGUGGCCCUGAAGUUCACCGGUAUGGGUACACAGGUGCUUGAAUUCUUGCAGAAGCAGGCUGCUCCCUCGGAGUUCAUGGAUUACGCUAUCACCAAGGUCUGCGAUUUGGCCAUCUCGCGCAAUGUGCGACUUCUCGUCGAUGCUGAGGAGCAGGCGGUGCAGCUUGGCAUUGAGAGAUGGGCCUUGAAGUACCAGAAGUACUGCAAUGCGAAGACCCCUGGCCAUGCCAUUUUCUACAACACCUACCAGGCCUACCUCCGCUCGACCCCGGCCACCAUUGCCAAGCACCUGGAGGUUGCCCGCCAGGAGGGUUACACGGCUGGUGUGAAGCUGGUCCGUGGUGCUUACCUGAAGACUGAGCCUCGCCACCUGAUCUGGGCUGAGAAGGAGGAGACCGACGCCUGCUACGACGGUGUUGUGGAGGCUCUCCUGACUCGCCGCUACAACUCGAUGCUGCAGCCCGCUUCCGAGGAGCACAAGACCGAGCUGCCCCCUGUCAACGUUAUCAUCGCCACUCACAAUCGGGACUCUGUUCGCAAGGCCCACGCCAUCCGUCUCCAGCAGGCUGCUCGCGCUGAGAAGCAGGGAGUUGACCUUAGCUACGCCCAGCUUCAGGGUAUGGCCGAUGAGGUCAGCUGCGAGCUCUUGCAGGGCUUCUCCAGCGCCGAUGGGUCCGCCUCCCAGGAGACCCCUAACGUGUACAAGCUCCUGACCUGGGGUACUGUCAAGGAAUGCAUGGGUUUCUUGAUGAGACGUGCCGUGGAAAACACCGAGGCGGUUGGCCGUACCAAGCAGUCGCAGGAGGCUAUGCUUGGAGAGCUUAAGCGCCGCGUUCGUCGGGUGUUUGGUUUGGGUAACUGA